CAGUUGGCGCCGCAACGCGAGACUUGAGGCGUCGGGAUCUUCCGGCUGCAGCAGGUUCUGAGGCUGGUCCUGGCGAUGCGGCCCAGGCUCUUGUGGCGUGCUGCCCGGCGUCUGUGGGCCGGCGGGGCCCCAGGCCCGGCCCUCCGUUCCGUCAGCUACGGAGGUCCGCCGCUGGAGGGGCUGUUUGCCCGUGGAGGGCCCCUGCGGAGUUUCUUGGAGCGCCAAGCAGGGUCUGAAGCCCUGCUGCGGGUCAGGGGGCCCGAGCUGGUAGCGGCGGCCAAACUGCUGGGCGAGAAGGAGCAGGAACUGCGGGAGACAGAGCGCUUGCUGCACGAUGAGAAUGAAGACUUAAGGAACCUUGCAGAAAAUGAAAUAACUUUGUGUCAAACAGCAAUAACUCAGCUGAAGCAUCAGAUUAUCUUACUUUUGGUUCCCUCAGAAGAAACAGAUGAAAAUGACUUGAUCCUGGAGGUAACUGCAGGAGUCGGGGGUCAGGAAGCAAUGUUGUUUACUUCAGAGAUAUUUGAUAUGUAUCAGCAAUACGCUGCAUUUAAAAGGUGGCAUUUUGAGACCCUGGAAUAUUUUCCAAGUGAAAUAGGUGGCCUUAGACAUGCAUCUGCCAGCAUUGGGGGUCCAGAAGCCUAUAAGCACAUGAAAUUUGAAGGAGGUGUGCACAGAGUACAAAGAGUGCCGAGAACAGAGAAGCAAGGCCGCAUCCAUACUAGCACCAUGACUGUGGCAAUAUUACCCCAACCUACUGAAAUUAAUCUGGUGAUUAAUCCUAAAGAUUUGAGAAUUGAUACUAAGAGAGCCAGUGGGGCUGGUGGGCAGCAUGUAAAUACCACGGAUAGUGCAGUCCGGAUAGUUCAUCUGCCAACAGGUAUUGUCUGUGAAUGCCAACAAGAGAGAUCUCAACUGAAAAAUAGACAGAUGGCUAUGAAAAAGUUACGUGCAAAACUUUACAGCAUGCACCUAGAAGAAGAAACAAGUAAAAGAUACAAUGCUAGAAAGAUUCAGAUUGGAACUAAAGGAAGAUCAGAGAAAAUAAGAACAUAUAAUUUUCAACAAAACCGGAUCACAGAUCACAGAAUAAACAAGUCUCUGCAUGAUCUCGAAACUUUUAUGCAAGGAGAGUACCUACUAGAUGAGCUUGUACAGUCAUUGAAGGACUAUGCUGAUUAUGAAUCUGUAGUAGAAAUUAUUUCUAAAAAAGUUUGAUGAUUUGUAAAUUAAAAUUAUGAAAAGG